CGUUCUUUCCGCCGUUGGACGCCAUAGUGAGCGUUUGGGAGGACGAACAGAGAGACUAGAGGGAAUUCAGCGGUGGAAAACUAUCGUCGCGUUCAUUGUACUUAGAGCGCGUGUUUCGACGUCGGAUUGAACAAACGAUGGCUGGAACGGAGACAUCGAAUGUAAAAACGGAAACGCCGAAUACUCCCGCCGAGAAUAGUAAUGAGAAUCCACGCGAACGGAAUCCACCGGGCGGCGGCGGAGGAAAUCGCGGGCCUCGCGGCCGAAAAGGAGGCACGCGUUUCUCGGGCGGCCGCGGUGGCGGAAUGGGUGGAGGCGGUGGCGGCGGCGGCGGCGGCGGUGGAGGUGGUGGCGGCGGCGGAGGCAGAAAUAAUGAAGCGAUGAAGAUAAAUGAUUCCAUGGAUGGAGGUAUGGACAACCCAAUGUCAGAAAGUAUGGGUGGGAUGGGUGGAAUGGGUGGGAUGGGUGGGAUGGGUGGUGGCGGCGGCAUGGGUGGCGGCGGCAUGGGUGGUGGCGGCAUGGGUGGUGGAGGCGGCAUGGGUAUGGGUCGUGGCGGUGGAAUGCGAGGAGGUGGAAGAGGCGGACGUGGUGGUGGAGACAGAAACAUGGGUGAUAGAAACAGAUCGCAAGAUGAUCGACUGAUGGAGCGUAUUAUGGCUAUCAGUGGACCCACUCAUGAGCUUCCUCCUCAAGAAAUGACAGAAAAGAAAUUUAGCGGCAGAAAUCGUUUGUACAUUGGAAACUUGACAAAUGACGUAACAGAAGAAGAAAUACAGACUAUGUUCCGGAAAUAUGGAGAAAUAUCUGAACUGUUUGUGAAUAAAGAGAAGAGUUUUGCUUUUCUCAGAAUGGAUUAUAGAAUAAAUGCAGAGAAAGCAAAGCAUGAAUUAGAUGGUACAGUGCGCAAAGGUCGUGCAUUAAAAGUACGUUUUGCUCCUCACUCAUCGACAAUCAAGAUCAAGAAUCUUACACCUUGGAUAUCCAAUGAGCUUCUCGAGAAAGCUUUUAGUGUAUUCGGCGAGGUCGAACGUGCAAUAGUUAUUGUUGACGAUAGAGGUAAAAGCACUGGCGAAGGAGUAGUCGAAUAUUGCCGAAAACCGUCGGCUCAGUUAGCUCUGAGGAAAUGUACAGAAGGUUGCUACUUCCUCACGGCCUCGCUUCGGCCAGUAGUUGUGGAGCCGUUUGAGCAACAAGAUGACGUAGACGGUUAUCCGGAUAAAAAUCUACCACGCAAAAAUCCAGAAUUCUUUAAGGCUCGUGACAUUGGGCCACGAUUCGCGCAAUUGGGUAGUUUUGAGCACGAAUAUGGUACACGAUGGAAGCAAUUACACGAAUUGUACAAGCAAAAGGAAGAAGCGCUCAAACGAGAAAUGGCGAUGGAGGAAGAAAAACUUGAGGCCCAAAUGGAAUUUGCUAGAUACGAACAUGAGACGGAACUUUUGAGAGAACAAUUGCGUAUGCGUGAAGCGGACCGCGAAAGGCAAAAGAGAGAAUGGGAGAUGAAAGAGCGACAAGCCGAAGAACAAAGAACUCGCGAAGAAGAAUUAAGACGACGCCAGCAGGAGGAAAUGGCGAUACGCAUCAGAAGACAAGAAGAGGAACUGCACAGACGUCAACAGGAAAAUAAUUUGUUUAUGCAGGAACAAGCUAUCCGUAGUAGUGGCGGUGGUCUCGGCGGCGGAAAAAAUUACGAUUCCGUUAGUAACAAUGAUCGUGAUGGAUAUGGUCAACCUGACGGUGGAAGCGGCAUACCAGUGGAUCCGAAAUCCUUUAUGGAUGCGUACAACACUAUGGACCGCGGUAAUCGAGGGGGUUAUAACGAUGAUCGCGGACAGAUAAUGGAUUUGAUGGACAUGAGGGUGGACAUGGGUAACAUGGGUGGUAAUCGUGGAGGUAGUGGUGGCAGUGGACGUUGGCAAGGAAAUGACCGUAAUCGCCCGGAUGAUUAUCCUAACAAACGACGGCGAUAUUAAAUGCGUUACAAUAUGGGAAUCCUUCGUUAAUUUCUCGAUGCAUACUCUGCUCGCAUUGCGUCCUUAUUUACUUCUCGCCUUCAUCACAUCAUUUGACUUUCUUGAUCAAAGGGAAAAAGGAGGAGGAGUAAUCGAGAGAGAGAGAGAGAGGGGAGAAUUAAGUAUGAUUUACGAAUGAAAUGAAACCGUAUCGGACGUAGCCGAUAUUUAUAUCGAGUUAUGUGUAACACGACUAUGCAGAAACAAGACAGUAUGCGAAUUCGACGUAAUCGCAAUAAUAAAGUUCAUACAUGCUGGAGUUCUUUGUCUCCUCGGAUCACAUUUCUCGUGUGCGUUAUCGAUCGCAUAUUGGCUCGACACUCAAUUUUAACGCCAUUAGUUGGUACGUUGUAGAGGAAUCUGCUUCAGAUUACUUACUGUUUUUAUUACUUAGUCGUUUGAUUGAUGCCAAGCACCAUCAACAAAAUAGUAACAAUUUAAUCUAUUCUGUGUUUUAUUAGACGCAAUCCAUUGCAGUUCUACCCUUGAUAAAAUUCAAAGAACCGUAUCGUAAAGUAAAUAUGAAGUUUGUCAACUAUCAAGUAGAGACCCGAAAGAAGGUCUUAUUUAAAGUAUGUAUUUGAAAUAAUUUAUUUUAGAAUCUUGAAAGAUAUUUUUUUCCUUACAUUUUUCUUUAUCGCAAUUAUGUCGUUUCAGUCGUUUAUUCUUAUAAGAUUUCAUUUGAUUAGUUUUUCGCCGAAUCUAGAUUAUACUUUCGCCACACUUUUAUUUUGUAUCUUGUCUACAUGAUAAAGGCAAAUGCUAGUAUAUAAAUGACAAAAGGCGCGCGUGACAUGACUGAAAUAAAACGUUGACGUUUGCAUGUAAGAUUUAUAUACGGAUACACUUGCUUAUCAAUGACAACUAGUAAUAUCAACGUAUAGAUGUUUCGAAUAUGAUGGUUGAAUCAUGAGAAGAUACAUCAAAUUUUGUUAACUCCUAAAUAUUCACAAAGUAAUUAUUUUAGUAGUAAGGUAUACAUAUACACACACGCAUACACAUACACACACACACAUACGCACACGUACAUACAAACAUUAAGCACACCUGAUACUAUAUCUGCAAUUAUAAUAUUUAAUACUUUGUGAAGAAUCUUAAUCUUAACAGAAACAUAAUUUCAUCAAUAAAGAUAUAUACAUAUAUACAUA